UGAGUUUGUUGCAUAAAUUUCAUCAAUUUUUAUAGUUGUCCAUCCACUUAGUAACGUAUGAUUAAAGGGUAGAAAUUAGUCAAUUUUUUUUAUUCUUGAAAUUAAAGUAAGAUGCUCAAAGUUGAACCAUUAUUUCCACAUGAAUAAUACUUUGUUCACAUUCACAAAUAUAUAUACCACAUUAUAGGAAGCAUUUUGUGUAUAACCUUGAUAAAACACAUAGAAAUGAUUUCUCUAAAAAAGUUGUUCAAAUUUUCAAUAUGGUUUCUCUUUUUCUUCUUUUCUACUAUUGUAUCAACUCCGGCGAGGCCAUGGCUUGGUGGAGUCCGGCGAAAAAUCCGGCACAAACAAGAUAUGUAUAGCACCUUUAGUACAACUAAAACUACCAUACACAAAGAUUUGAAAGUCUUGUAUUAUCCUCAAACACUAGAUCACUUCAAUUAUCAACAAGAAAGUUAUGUGACAUUUAAACAAAAGUAUAUGAUGUAUUCCAAACACUGGGGAGGAGCAAAGGAUAAUUAUCCUAUAUUUGUGCAUUUUGGAGAUGAAGAGCCAAUGUUUAAUGAUGAAAUUAAUUGGUUAAUUCUUCCAGAUUAUGCUGCAAAAUUUAAGGCUCUUGUGGUAAUUAUUGAGCAUCGAUAUUAUGGAUGGUCGAAGCCAUUUGGAAUGUCAAUGGAAGAAAUCAUUAAAAAUACAACCGUUCGUGGGUAUUUCAAUUCUGCCCAGGCUCUUGCUGAUUCUGCUGAAAUUAUUUUGUUUUUGAAGAAAAGACUAAAUGCAACUUAUUCCCCGGUUAUUGUUUUCGAAGGUUCUUACGGUGGAAUGCUUGCUUCAUGGUUUCGACUCAAGUAUCCCCAUAUUGCUCUUGGUGCUCUAGCAGCCUCAGCUCCGGUGCUAUAUUUCGAUAACAUGAUUGAGCAAAAUCACGGUUACUAUUACGUCGUAACCAAUGAUUUCAAGGAAGCGAGUGAGAAUUGCUAUAACACCAUCAAAUCUUCGUGGGCUGAAAUCGACAAAAUUGGAUCAACGCCAAAGGGUCUCUCCUACCUUAGUAACAAAUUCAAAACUUGUAGCCAAUUACAGGAAACAAGGACGUUGAAGGACUUCUUGGAGAACAUGUACGAUGAUGUAGCACAAUAUAGUGACACGGACAAUAAUCCAUCCAUAAUUUGCAAAGCAAUUGAUCAAGGAAAGAAGGGAAAUGACAUACUUAGCCGUAUUUAUGCAGGAGUUCAUGCCUAUUUUAAUGGAACUCAUCACAAUUGUUUUAAUACCAAUUACUUUGAUGAUUAUUCAGUUGAAACUAAUCUUGGUUAUGAUUGGCAGACAUGUAGCGAGAUGGUGAUGCCAGUUGUUCGAGGUACUAGCAAAUUGUCUAUGUUUCCUCCUCAAAAAUUCAGUAUACAAGAAUUCAUCCAAAAAUGGAAGAAGAAAUACAAUGUUGUUCCUCGCCCUCAUUGGAUUACAACUAACUAUGGUGGACAUGAUAUGAAACUAGUCUUGGAAAGAUUUGGCAGUAACAUUAUUUUCUCUAAUGGACUCAAAGAUCCUUACAGUAGUGCUGGGGUGCUGCACAACUUGUCCGAUAGCAUCGUUGCCAUUUAUACAAAACAAGGAUCUCAUUGCUUGGACAUAUUUUCUGCAAAGAAAGAUGAUCCAGAAUGGUUGGUUAACCAACGAAAAAGAGAAGUUGAGAUUAUGAGUGGAUGGAUCAAACUAUACCAUAAUGAUCUCUACAAAUUCAUGAAAUAGUAUUUGUUCCCUACCUCAAAUUAAUAUAUACUUCGCAUAAUAUGACAUAUAUGUAGUUAGUGACUCAAAGUAAAAUUGCAAUCAUGUAAUUUUAUAUUUAUAAAAAUGACUGUUAUGUCUAAGUA